GAUAUCAGGGAAAGUCAAAUCAAAGACAUUUCAGAUCACUUUGUCCACAGCUCUGCAAAAUGGCAGCUAUUUACACGAUCCUUGUGCUGUUCCUGGCAGUUUUUGUUGCUGGAUUGAUACUGUUGGUCAUGGCUGCAAUUAAUUUUGAUUUCUCCAAUUCUGAAAUUCCUCCUGGAGUGAAUGAACCUGUGAAGCUUCGAAUCAUUCAUGUUAUUCUGAUAACCACAGCUGUGGUGGGAAACAUUUUGGAAAAGAUUGGCAUCUGCAGUCAGAUCAGCUUUGUUCGGUACAUGCAAGGUAUUAAGGCUCUGGGAGCAGACCAGAAGCUCUUCAUUGAGGACCUGUGGUUUGAGAAAGUGCCUGUAAGGAUUUACCAGCCCAAGGCUCCAUCUGCCAGCCCAAGGAGAGGAGUAAUGUUUUUCCAUGGAGGAGGAUGGGUGUUUGGAAGCCUCGAGACCCACGAAAGCCUGUGCCGCUCUCUUGCCCGAGGAAGCGAAUCGGUGGUUGUGUCUGUUGGGUACCGUUUAGCUCCUGAGCACAAAUACCCUGCUGCAUAUGAAGACUGUCUUAACGCUACUGUACACUUCAUGAGGAACGCAGAGCACUAUGGGGUGGAUCCUGCCUGUAUCAGUGUCUGUGGGGACAGUGCUGGGGGCAAUCUAGCUGCUGCUGUUAGCCAGACCCUGGCAGGCAGAGCAGACCUCCCCAGGCUGCGUGCUCAGAUCCUGAUCUACCCAAUACUUCAGGCACUGGACUUCAAUUUGCCAUCCUAUAAGCAAAAUCAGGGAGUCCCUCCCUUAUUCCAAGAACGUGCUGCGUUCUAUGUGUUACAAUACCUAAACGGGAACACAUCAAACCUGGAACAAGUCCUGGAGGGUUCACAUAUUCCUAUAGAUAUCAAAUUAAAUUACAGGAAGUGGGUGAGUGAAGAUUACAUCCCUGAGAAGUUUAAAGUCAGGGGCUACAAGCCACACGUGCUACUCGACUGUUCAACUGAGGUUUAUGAGACGGUGAAACGGUUCUGCGAGCCCAACCUGUGCCCCCUGCUAGCUGAAGAUGCUGUUGUUCACCAGCUGCCCGAGUCCUUCAUCCUGACCUGUGAAUAUGACGUGCUGAGGGAUGAUGGCUUGCUGUACAAGAAGAGGUUGGAGGACAACGGAGUCCGAGUGACCUGGUGCCACCUCGAGGAUGGAUUCCAUGGGAUCAUCAACUCAUUUAAUAGUGAAUGGAUGUCUUUUUCAUCUGGAAAAAGGGGUCUGGACAAUAUUGUGAACUUCCUAAAAAGCUUAUAGAGACAAAUUCUUCUAUUCCUUCUAUUAAAAUUACUGUUUUUCUUUGAGUCUCCUACGCUUCUGAAUUCCAUUUAUGAGGUUUAGACGGGACAAGAGUUAAAGAGAAAUUACCUUAAAGAGCAAUUAUGACAUUAUGACAACUGAAAAAGGGUAUUUUCCAGCACUGUUCCAUGUGCAUUCUGCCUGUUUCAAUGAUCUAUUUGGAUUGGGCACUUGCUGCUCUCUCAGUAAACAUUAAAGAUGCUGUAAAAUUUUAAAUCAACA